AUGGCUUUCACUACGCGCCGUCACCACGACGCAAAGGAGUUUGAUCCCAUCCAAUUCAAACUCGACCGUGUCUCUGAGAUUCUCUCCACCAUGGCGGCCCCUAACCCCACCCCAAACCAAUACAUCUUCAUUGAAGGUACCUUCCAGGACCUUGCCAAAGAGAUGGCCGAGUAUCUCAAGAUCGGAACCGAGAUUCAACCCCUCCUCGACGAGAACAAGAAGGACGAUGCGCUCAAGAAGCUCGUAACCGCAUCGAUUGCGCUCAACAGCACGCCCGAGAAGGAGUUCAUCGCUGCUUAUAACCUCCUGAUCUACCUUGUCAUUCAGUCUCCGAACGUCAAUAUGUUCCUCCCCCGCAUGUGCGACAACCUCUUGAAGCCCAUCACAUCUUCCCCCGUCCACGGCACCGGCCUGGCACUCUCCACCCUCUCCACCAUCUUCAACCUCCUGCAACCCGAGAACGAUGCCCGAUUCAAUGUCUUCCAAGCUGUCUUGCGCCUAGUCAAGACCAGCGGCCUGUACGAGAUGUUGCGCCCGCAGUUGACUGAGAAGUUGGAUACCUGGCUGGGGGAGUGGGAUCUUGAUGAGGAGGAUCAGCGCAAGUUAUUCUGCCAGAUCGCCGAUAUUGCAGAGGAUUCUGGAGAAGACCAACAAUCCUAUCAAUACGUUCUCAAGGCCCUCCGCACCUUCGACCCCAAGGAAGAAGGCGAUGUCUCCUCAGAGGAAGCCCAAACCAUUUCCCUCCGCGCCCUCAAGGCUGCUCUCCUCUCCGAUAAGCACUUCGAUUUCCACGACCUCACUUCUCUCCCAGCCAUCCAAGCUCUCAGCGAUUCCCACCCGAACUACUCCGAACUCCUCAAUAUCUUCGCUGAGAAGGAGCUCGAGGACUACAAUGAUUUCCGUGACGAGCACGAGGGCUGGAUUGAGGAGGAAGGACUCGACAACAGCAAGCUCCAUCGUAAGAUGAGACUCUUGACUUUAGCCAGCGUCGCAGCCAGCACCAGCAGUCGCGAGCUCGAGUACAAGCGCAUCGCCAAGGCCUUGCAAAUCCCCGUCGAGGAUGUUGAGAUGUGGGUGAUUGAUGUGAUCCGCGCUGGUCUGGUUGAGGGCAAGCUGUCGCAACAGAAGAAGAUGUUCAUGGUCCACAGAACUACCUACCGGGUCUUCGGCGAGAAGCAAUGGCGCGAGAUUGCUACGAGACUCGAUCAGUGGAAGGAGACAUUGAAAUCCAUCAAGGAGAUCAUCAGCCGGGAGAGACAAGCCUCUGAGGCCCAGAAGGAGCGUGAGAUGCAGGAGGUUGAGAGACGAGUUGCUGGUACAUCCGGCAUGAGCUCUGGACGUCGAGUCAACGGCCGUGACAAUAUGGUGGAGAUGGGAACUGAUUAG